GUUCAGUGUGGCUGUUAGAUCAGUGCUACAAAAGCAGUACGCGGAUCGCUCCCGACUAAAGCCGAGAACGAGAACGUGCGGUGAAACACAGAGAGAUACUACGGUACGGUACAAGUUGCUAUGAAAUAAUGUGACUGAAGUUAAACAUCACUGUUCAUCAAUGUCACUGCCUAGUUUUUAAACAAAAAUGACGCACCAUUCCAAUAAUGAUUUAGGUCAGCCAUACAACUUAGCAUCACCAAGUUACACAAUAAUAAUUAGCAUGGUUGUAAAUAUUUUGUUAACGUUGCCUUUCGGACUACGUGGUGUUGAGUGCGCUGUGGUGCAGUUGUGGUCUGCCGUGGAUAUAGAACGCUCUGCUAUGGAUAUAGAAUGCAAUUUUAACGAUAUAUGGUCUAACAGCUCUGACAAUGAACUAAAAUUCUGCGAUGGUGAAAAUGGAACCAUGUCAUUCCCGACCGUUAUAGAAGGCGAACAAUUCUUUAUAGAUUGUAGAGUUCCGAAUGCGGAUUAUAUUGAAUGGUACAAAGAUGGAAUAUUACAAGUCUUUCCACCAUAUGAGGAUGAUGAUGAUGAUGGUGAACAGAAAUGUAACGAGCCGGAAGUGCUCAGUGGCAAUCAGGUACUGUAUUUUCAGCAACCGCAGACGUGUCAUAAUGGCAUUUACACAUGUGUGGCCAGAAAUAAUGCGACGCUUCAGUUUAUAUUCCGUAACAUAGAAGUUCAUGUAAAGCCUAUCAAACCUAAUGGUGAUCCAGUAGCUAAAUCGUGUCGGCUUGAUCAUCCCAUCUACGAACCGCACGAUAGCACAAACAUCUCGUGCAGUUUCUACGUUGGAGUUGAUAUCAAAUAUUAUUUUACUUGGAAAUACUUCAACAGUAGUGAUAGUCUGCUGUUUCUUGACACCGAAAAUGGUAUCCCUGCCUCAAACUCUGUAUUUAACGAGUACAGCAUACGUACCAGUAAUGAUUCGGCAACGGUCUCUUUGGAGGUGCUAGAUGUAGACAAAGGGGCGUUAACAACCUACAUGGCUCUUGUUAUAGUUGAUAACGUCAUAGUUAAUAAUACCCACAAACUUAAAUUUACUCCUCGAUAUUUUGAGUAUGUGCCACUGGUUAGUGUCAUUGGCUCUCUGGUCUUAUUGGGGCUUAGUUUUGCAAUCAUUUGGUAUUUUGUACACCUUGAUGUGCGUAUCUGGAUUAAGGAUCGUAAGUUCCAGCACAAUCCGGUUCAAGAUGAAGGGUACUGGGAUGCUUUCCUGUCGUAUAGCGGCUCCGAAGAUGAUCGGAAGUUUGCCUUGGAAGAGGUCUGGUCUCAACUUCGGAAUAACUCGUAUUCAGUUUGUUUUCCAGAUAUUCACUUUUUACCUGGUGCUGCUUAUCUGGAUGAAUAUGUUAAACAUAUAAAACGCAGUAAUUACUGUAUACUGGUGUUGACAAAGAAUCUGAAGUCUAGUCAACACUGGGAUUUCCAGUUCUCAAUCAUAAUGGAAGAAUUCAGUGUCCGCAAUAUUAAAGUGAUUCCCGUUGCUUUUGGUGAUGUAUCGGUAACAGAACUGUUUGGACAACGUGAUGAUCUAGAUCAUAUACUAAGAGUAGUUGAUGUCAUACGCUGGAAAGAAAACCUAUCGGCGAGAUCGAAGAGAAUUUGUUGGAAAAGAUUGUGUUUAGCGAUGCCUCCAAAACCAAAAGGAGGGAAACCGUCAGUUGUUGAUCAAAAUAUCGUUCUUGAAAAUGUUGAAGUUAGAGUCAUGUAAACGAAUAAAUAAUUAUUUAUUUUUAAAUAGACCAGUAUCUUUAAAGCAGGGUGCACACUGACGUUGAAAAAAAAACUGGGUCGGAUACCACAACGCUGUGAGACGCACGCGGUGGGCCGGGUCGAUUUCAACAACCACACAAACUGCCAACCGACAAUUGCACGAUUCCGCUUUACAAACUCCGUCCAUAACUGUUGCCUUCAAACGGCCAUGUAAACGUACAUGAAGGCUUAUUUGUGGGACAAGCGCAUAGUUCUUGCCCUGUUCUGCUUGGUCAGUUAUUGUGUUUUAUUGACACUACAUAGUUUCAUCAAAAGAAGGAAUCGCGUCAUCAAGCGAUCACACAGUACGGAUUGAUUCUCCGGCCCAAGGUCGAUAGAUCCUCGGCGGACAAAGUGUGUGCCCGGCUUUAAGAAAAAGAAACAAAACAUUAUUUGGUUUCAUACAUUUAUUCAGAAACAUGUUUAAAGACAUUUUUUUUGUCAAUUUGAUUAAAAAUCCAAAUUUGUUUUCUCAUUUUCACAUUAUCAGCACAUUAUAUUCACAAUCAUUCACAUUUUAAUUUUUGAAUAAAUUCAUCUGGUUUCAUAAAUAUUUUUUGAAUGAUUUUCUUUUAUUUAACCAGUAGAAACUUGUUACUAACCUGCAAUGCUUCAGAUGCACUUCGGCUAUCCUUUCUCAAGCAUUGAUUCUAAUGCUGGUCAACACCGCUAUAUACGCGAUGUACGCCUUCAGUCAGUAGGUUAGUUUUCUUGGUCUUAGACCUUGCGCCCCGCACCUGAUGUUCUGGAAAUCAGUAGGUUAUCAUAAAGGUGAGAAAGUUCAUGUGAUCCCGUAUCCCUGUUUAUUACUUGUUCGGUUUUCCUAAUCCAAAUGCUUUCUUUAACUUGUCUUUGAAAGACCUUAAGUUCACUAUCAAGAACAUUAUGUUAUCCCAAUCUUGGAUGUGGUUAAAAUAAAUGUCAUGAUCUGUAUUAGCUGAUUUAUGAGGUUCGGUGGAUGUAGAGGCUCUUGCUAAUUUGGUGCGGAUACCUGGCAUGUGUUUUUUCACAUCUAUUUUUAGAACAUAAAAUAGAUUUGAAAAAACACAUAUCCGUAUAAAUUGUUGUCAAAUAUCAUGUUUAAUCUUCCGUUUAAAGUCUCCAAUCAUUAAUAGGUCAUGGGUAAAUGAGCCAAUCCAGACAGCUUUACUUUUUUUUUACUAUUCAUUUUUUGUCUGGAAGCAGAGAAAUUGUUUAAUCAGAAAAAAAAAAUAGGCCUAGUAGGCUAAUUUUUACGUUUACCUAGAAAAAUGGUAAAAAUGAGAGUCCACCUAUAAAACACAUGUGAGAAACACAGAGUAGAAUUAUCUUUAUAUUUCUCUGCAUGAUUGUGUAAAAUGUCAUCCUCUAAGUUAGUUACGACGACCCCUCAGUUUGAGAAGGUAUUUGGACGAUAUUUGUAUCUCGGGCGUAUAUAAUACAUUUCACCGUCGGAAUUCAAACUUUUUGAUACAUUUCAUGGACUUGAUACUGCAUCUCUGGCUAAAAACGAAACCAAAUGCAGGGGUACCGCUAAUCUUACAGAUAAUACCAUUUUAUGAGGUUUUAAAUGUUCGUCAAAAGCUUAUUUCCCCGAAUUUAAAAUUGCGUACAUUCAUAGGCCUACUAAAAUUUUAGUAGCUUAAUUGCAGAAGUAAAUUCGUGUUUUUCGGAUGAUCCGCACAAAAGAACAUGAUUUUAAAAAUCUAAAAUUUGCACCGGUAUGUCGCGCGUAUAAGACGAGCUCCUGUUUUUCGAUCGUAAUAUACUAUUUUAAGCCUCGUCUUCAUAUACACGAGUAUAUGGUAUGCAAUCCAGUGUAGCAUAGUGGCUUAUAAUUCAAUAAUACAUAGAGGAUGUGUAUAUGCUUUGCAUUACCUUUUCUUGGUUUAAAGAAACCGUGAUCAUCUCAUUUAAUCGUUCAGCUUGGUAUUUUAAAUAUUUAGUCCAAAGAUUAUUUAUUCUUUUCAGAGUUUAAAUGAUUAUUUUAAAUGAUUUAUCUUACUUUGUAUUUCCUUACAAACAAUGACAGAUAAAGAAAGGAGAAAGUAGUUUCCUUUUUUUGUUUUACCUCUUCGUUUCUCUUCCUAUGUUCUUUAAAUGGUUAGGUCUAUAUCAGGACCACAUGGAGAAAAAAAUAAAACCUUAAUGAGUCAUCCUUA